AUGGCUCCAGCUGCCCCAUUCAAUCCACCUUCAGCUGACCUCCCUGGCAAGCCCUCUGUCCCAAAAUGGGUUCCUCCUCCUGCUACUCAGGAAAAGCAUAACUUUGCACAGCUCAAAUCUAUUGAUCUGUCUCUGCUUGAUUCGGAUGAUCCGGCCGUGGUUGAGGAGCUCAUCCAGCAAGUCAAAAUUGCCAUUCGGGAUGAUGGCUUUCUAUUCCUUGAGAACUAUGGAGUCUCCCUAGAGCAGCUCCAUCGCCAGUUUUCUCUUGCUCAGUACCUCUACCACAAUAUCACCGAUGAGGACAAGGAACGUCUUCUGUUCAGCCCUGAAACGGGUGCUUGGUCUGGCUAUAAGCAUCCUUAUGGAUUCAAGCGUCACCGCGCUCAGCCCGACGGUAUUGAACAGUUCAACUGGUACAAGCCUGACUGGGAGGACCAGGAGAACCGCGUACCAAAGUGUCUACUCCCUUUCAUGGACGAGAUUGAGACAUUUUGCAAUUAUCUCACCAAGUCCGUCAACCGCCGACUCCUCACUCUCUUUUCUCGCGUCCUCGAGUUACCAGAUGAUUAUCUCUGGAAUAGCGUGCAGUCUCACGGUAGCCCUACCGGUGAAGGCUACUUUCGCCACGCCCUUUUCCGGCCGGUUCAACAACAAACCCAAGAAGCGUCCAAAGGCCUUCGCAUGCACGGCCACACGGAUUUUGGCUUGACCACAUUGUUAUUUUCAGUUCCAAUCUCAUGCCUCCAGAUUUGGGGUCAGGAUGAACAGUGGUAUUACGUGCCUUAUAAGCCCGGGGCCCUUGUUAUCAACAUUGGUGAUACCUUGGAGAUCGUUUCCGGGGGCCAUUUCCGAGCUACACGCCACCGUGUGUAUAAGCCCCCACAGGACCAGCUGUCCUAUGAGCGCCUAUCGCUCGUGCUUUUCAACUCCUCUCUCGGAGACCUACGGAUGAUGCCUGCUGCUGAGUCCCCUCUAAUCCAGCGCGAGGGAUGUGUGGAGGAGCAGGGCGUUUACAAGGAGUUCAAGAAACUCACCUCUCAAGGGAAUGUGGUGCCUACAAACCGUCAAUGGCGCGAGAUUCAAAUCGCUACUUGCACAGACCCUACGGAUACUGUGCGCAACAGAGUCGGAGCUGACCAGGUACUUAUUGACGGCAAAGUCAUGCACCAGCGCGAAUACAUGGGCGUUAAAGUUGUUUUGCCUGUCUAA